CUCCACUUUGUUAACCAUUGGCUCACACCUUAUGCUCGUGAAUGACUUUUACAACCGCCCAAGUUUUAUUAGUUAACCUAAUUUAUAGAUAAUUUUCCCUCCGAUUUCACUUUCCCCUGUUCCCUCUCCUCGGCCGGCGAUUUCAGCCGGUUCAUCAUCUUUCUCACACACACUUGGACAAAGCCAAACCACCGACAGUCCGCCACCGUCGCCGCCGUUCCACCUCCUCCGCCAUAUCUCUCGCCACCAGUCACUUGUUGACAGUAAGUUCAUGGACCUUUUAGAUGAUAUUUUUGCUGGUGGUGCUUCAAAGACUGUCAAGGCUGGCGGCAAGUUUCAACCCAAGGCGAAGCCUCGUCCAUUGAAAAAAGGUCCAGCUGUUGCGUCCUCAGCUGUUUCUUUGACGUCAAAACCCACCGGUGAUACUGUAGCAACUGAUUCCUUUGAGGCUCUUAAGACUGCAAAGAAUUCUCAAAAUUGCUAUGAACAAAACUAUGUGUCAGCAGAACCUUCCUUGGAGCAUCCUCUUAAGGCGGAAACUUUGGGUCCAUCUGUUGGUUCAAGUCUAGAUGCAAGUAUGGUAAUGACCGAUACCAAUGAAGAUUGGAAAUCUUGCUUUGAAAAAUCUGAGGGAGAGAAUGCAGACAUAUAUAUAGGUCUGGAUUCGUUUGAUGAUUUACUUCCUCACUCAAGCGGCAUAGAGAGUUCUACUCCUGCUACAGAUCCAUCUGCUGUUCAUGUUGCUGGUGCAGAGAAGCGACAAGAACAGUUUUUAGAUCCAGCUUCUUCAGUUGACGAUUCAGCUCCUAGUGCCUCCCAUCUUCAAUCUGAUGAAGUUGCAGCAGCCCAAGAUCCUUCAACUUUCCAAGGAAGUGUUCUUCCUGUUAGUGGAAGUUGUCAGAUGGAGAUGGACCCCUAUCCUUCCCUGGAAUCUGAUAUCCUUGGGGUAACUACUAUAUCUGGGCAGAGUAGAAAAUUCCAACCCAAGCCCAAGCUACGAGUGUACAGAGAGAGAUAUGAUACAAUCAUUCCUGAUUCAGAUGUAGGCGAAUCUGUGUCAAGUCAGCCAGAUUCACACUACGUUCAUUCUGAAAUGGGUUUUGUGGAUAAUGGGAAGGAACAUGAAUUACCUGCUGCCGUUGUCCUUGAUUCCUUAGCCAGAGGAUUUGAUAACAAUAUUAUUACAGAAUCUGCGCAUGAAUUUUCUGUGCAUGAAGAAUAUGUUGUGGAGGCCUCUCUUCCGGAUUCUGGCAUCCCAGCAAAACACUCUGAGGCUACUGUUCAGAUGCCUGAGGAACCUGUAUCUCAGAGGCCAAAGACUAAAAAACAAAAAGUACGUGCAUCUAAUCUUUCUGCAAUUAGCGAAGAGAACAGAGAGAGUAGAUCAUUAAGGAGUAGAAGAAAGUCUGUGAAUGCAAAUAGACUAGUAGAUGAGUCCGAAGAAGUAAUUGAUGAUGGGGAAUAUGUGCCUGAACAUCCUAAUGAUUCUGUUACAAAUGGGAAUGAUGAUGAUGAUGUUCAGGUGGAAAAUGACUCACAAGGGGAAACGACACUGAAGAGGUCCAAGAAAACAGUUACUAAGGAAGGAAAACGAGUUAGGAAGAGUAAAAAGACCGCCGAAGCAUCUGAUCAGGUAGCCAACAAGAAGCCUAAAAAGUUUUCUCAUUCCACUCGUCAAAAUAGGAGAACAGUGGACAAAACUUUGCUUGAGGCUCCUGAGGAUGAGAUUGACUAUUCAAAGGUGCCUAUUAAGGAUCUAAUUUUAUUAGCUGAGCACAAAGAGCGGUUGGCGAAAAAAGAUCCAGCAGCGUCACAGAUACCUACUACAGAUCAGAGUGUUGGUGCUUCUUUGUCUAAUUAUGAUGAUGAUGAGACCUAUGCUGUAGAUGAAGAUGGGGAAGCUAAUGAUCAUAAUAAAAGCCCUAGGGGUGAAGAUACUUCUGCCUACUUCAAUUAUCAGACUUACAUGGACAAAACCCCCCGCACAAGGUGGUCAAAACAGGACACAGAACUUUUCUAUGAGGCUGUGCAGCAAUUUGGGACAGACUUAUCCCUGAUACAACAACUUUUUCCUGGCCGGACACGUAGACAGCUAAAGCUAAAAUACAAGAAAGAAGAGCGGAAAAAUCCAUUUAUGCUUCAUGAUGCUCUAACAAAUCGUUCCAAAGAUCAUUCCCACUUUGAACGGGUAAUUGAGCAAUUAAAGCAAAUUGAAGCUGAGGAAUUGCAGUAUGCUGAUAAAGAUGAGUCAAUUGGCUUGACAGGAGAGGAGGAAAUGGAGGGGACUCAGGAGGUCAAUGAAGGAGAGGCAAUGUCUGAAAAACAACAUACGCAGGAGGAAGAAGCAAUGCCUGAACAUGUUGAUGAAAAAGAAGUUGAAGCAGUGGGGCAAGAUGUUCCAGGAAUUGAGAGUCCAGUGAAGGAGGACUAUGAUAGUGAAGACGAUUUCUUGAAAUGGAGUCAGUAUACGAGUGAAGUGUGAAUGUUAACUUAGUUUCAGUAUAAGGAUCUUAUCUCUUCUGUUUAUUCCUUUUUGAACUCCUGCGAGUACUAUGGUAGUUGAGAGAAUCAUGUCGAAGGAAUAUAGCAAAAGGCAAGUGUUCAAUGUUAUAUGUGUUGACUAUGUAAAGAAAGUUUGUCAAAAUUAUGUUGGUUGGCUUGAUAGUGUAAAAAUUCUUCAUACCAUUUGUUAUUAGUAUUCUCUCAUUUUUACGAGCGAA